GUUGCGUAUAUGUGUGUGCGCGCGCGCUUCGUCCGGGGAAUCCAGCGGGCGGCUCAGUUCUGUACUUUUAACUGCAGUCUGAUUCUCUGAACGGUUUCUCGUUAACAGUAUCCUCAAACCUGCAGGCCUAAACACUUUACUUCCAGACAGACGGAAGUGUGCAAAUACAUUGAAGGGCAGAGGGAGAAUAAAACCUAUUGUGGAGCAGUGGCCAGAGUGACAGAGGAGCACAUGAAGAGCGGAAACGGCACGACAGCAACAUCCUGACUGGUAACAUCGCGCCCGCACGCUGCCACACGCCCAGCAACUCCACAAGCGGGCGUCACGAGGAUACGCGCGACCACUCCUCCUUGCAGCCAUGAGGUCCUUCCGUUCUUUUAGUAAUGAUGACCGCCAUGUCAUGGCAAAACACUCCACUAUCUACCCCUCUUCUCAUGAUCUGGAGGCCGUUCAGACUCUGGUGUCCACUGUAGAGUGUGCCCUCAAGCAAGUUUCAGAUUGGCUGGAUCAAAGUAGCAACGACGCACACAAUCAGGCUGAUAACCAACCAGCAGACAGCACAGAGGAGGAUGAUCCUGGCGACGACCCCUGCGAUGAGGCAGAAGACUCCAUUGAUGGCUACAGGGAGUCCAGCAGUGGUGGCGUGCUGUGCGGCGUGAUGAGGAUCGGCCUGGUGGCCAAAGGACUCCUGAUCAAAGGUGACAUGGACUUGGAGCUGGUGCUGAUGUGUCGAGACAAACCCACACAGACACUGCUGGACACUGUCUGUCAAAAUCUACCCACACAGAUACAGAAGCUCACGGAGGAGAAAUACGAGGUCACAAGCUCCGUGCCCGAAGCAGCCAUUUUGGUCCGCACUACAGCAGAGCCCAAACUCACACUGAAGAUCACCCUCACCUCCCCAGCCAUGAGGGAAGAGGAGGAUGAGGAAGAUGAUGGAGAGGAAAGAGAGGAGGAGGAGGAAGAGGAGGAGGAAGGCGGACCGGAAGAGCAGCAGGAGCAUGAGGCACAAAAUGGGCUCGUGCUGGGUGCUGCUGCGCACAGAGAGGAGGCUGAGGAGGAGGGGGAGGUGCUGGAUAGACACAGAUGUCUGUUGGCCCUGGCAGCGCUGCGACACGCCAAGUGGUUCCAGGCUCGAGUGAACGGGCUCAAGUCCUGCGUUAUAGUUCUCAGGAUACUUAGAGACAUGUGCAAUAGACACACCAUCUGGGAACCUCUCAAGGGAUGGCCUUUAGAGCUCAUCUGUGAGAAAGCCAUCGCCACCUGCAACCGACCACUUGGAGCCGGAGAAGCCCUACGCCGAGUCAUGGAGUGUUUGGCCUCAGGCAUUCUGCUACCAGGCGGUCCAGGUUUACACGACCCGUGUGAAAAAGAGCCGACGAACACGCUAGCCAACAUGACGGACCAGCAGGCUGAAGACAUUACCUACAGUGCACAGCGCGCCCUCAGGCUCAUGGCGUUUGGACAGAUCUACAAAGUGCUGGAGAUGGAUCCCCUUCCCUCAAAUAAAUCCUUGCACAAAUAUCCGUGGUGUGAUAAAGAAGGAUUAGGUCUGAAGAGGCCUUACGAGGAUGGAGCAAUGGAUGAUAGGGACCUCAUCAAGAAGAUGAAGAGAAACCUGAGGAAAGUUUUGGACAGUAAAGCCAUAGACUCCAACCACCCAAUGAAUGCCCUCAUGCGGUUGAACCAGAUCCGGCCGGGGCUACAGUAUCGCCUGCUGUCCCAGUCUGGUCCGGUUCACGCUCCCGUCUUCACCAUGUCUGUCGACUUGGAUGGAGCCAUUUAUGAAGCUUCUGGAUCCUCAAAGAAGACCGCCAAGCUCCAUGUCGCUGUCAAGGUCCUUCAGGCAAUGGGCUGUCCGACCGGUUUUGACUCGGACCUGGAUCCUAUGAGCUCAGACGAGAAGUCGGAUGGUGAAGGAAAAAGUGAGACGUCCACACACAGUAGCAAUAACCCAACACACUCCUCGGAUAGCUCCAACACACUGGAGGUGCGAACUCAGGGUCCCAUACUAACAGCGAGCGGGAAGAACCCCGUCAUGGAGUUGAAUGAAAAGAGACGAGGCCUGAAAUACGAGCUCAUCUCUGAGAGUGGAGGCAGCCACGACAAACGCUUCGUUAUGGAGGUGGAGGUGGAUGGCCAGAAGUUUCGCGGGGCGGGCCCCAACAAAAAAGUAGCGAAGGCCAGCGCAGCGCUAGCAGCUCUGGAGAAACUUUUCUCUGGUCCCAAUGCCGCCGCGAACAAGAAGAAGAAGAUUCUGCCUCAGAGUAAAGGUGUGCUGGCUGCGGCGGCAGCAGCCUCAGCAGUAGCAGCUCAGGUAGCCAGAGGAAGAGGAAGAGCAGCACUCGCCAGAGGAGCCUUCGUCAGUGCAGCCACACCUGGAUACGUAACACCAGGCUUUGGGACACCAUACGGCUACAGCCCUGCAGCAGCAAGUGCUCCUGCAUAUGGUUUACCCAAGAGAAUGCUUCUGUUGCCUGUCAUGAAAGUGCCCGCCUACCCCGUCCCCCACUACCACUUCUUUUAGGGCACACCAAACGCACCUUGCAUUUUUCUGUAAAAGGGAAAACGCACUCUGUUUUUCUACAAUAUCACUGUUGGCGACGGGACGAUUAAGGACUUGAGCUGAAGAUUUGUAAAAGUGCUUUUUUGUUUUUUUUUUCUAAAAAUGUUAUGAAUAUGGGAAAAAUAUACUGCAGGUUUUAAGAAAUAAAAAAAAAACUUGAAGGAUUUGUACUGUGAAUUGUUACCUCAGUUAUAUAUAUCAGCUUUUUGUUCUUGUGUUUGUGCUUUUUGCUUAGAAGAAGGCAGCCUUUGCAAUAUGAUGCACAACUCACACUGUAAAAAAAACAAUAAUAAUAAUGUGAGCUGUGUGAAGGAUGUAUGGGAAUAGAUAGACAAUGUGGAAAUUUAAUAGUUUAUCUCCUCUAAGAGCUGAAUGCUGCCUGGUGUGUAUCUGAUUCAAAGGCAGGCGUUAAAUGCAGUAGCAUCUUUAUAUCUUUUACCUCCAGUUACAGUUCUGUCAGUCUGUCUAUUUCAAAUAACCAUCACGUAAAUGUCUAUUUGGACCAUCGUGUUUGAUAUUCUGCCAUGAUACCUACACACAGAUUGAAUUUUAAUCUUUAGUCGGCGUGUUACAUCCUUUUGACCUUCAGCUUAUAGAUAUUCAGAGCGAAACGCUGAAAGGGAAAGGAGUAUUUUCAGAUCCUGUAUCACGCAUUCAGCCCCACCAUCUCGAUACCUGAUGUGGAUUAAUACUCGGCAGGUUUUCCCACGACUGAUACUGGCUUAAUGUUUUUAUUGGUUGUCCUGUUAUCCAGCUGCAGCCUGUUACAAAUCAGAAAGUUAAAAUGGAAGGUAGAAAUUGGCAGUAUGGCCCAAAUUGUACAUCAUGGUAUAUGUGAAACAUCUGGCUCUAUAUUGGCAAAUAAAAAAACAUUCAAACCAGGGCUUUUUAAUGCUUGUACUGCUGUGUUGCUGCACAUUGUCGCCAUAGACCAUUUCAGAGAUGUCUGCAUCUGAGUGGUGCACAGUGCAUUGUGGUCUGGCUUGAAUCCAAACACGGUUUCUGUGUAUCCGCAGUUUGACAAGGAUAGUUUUGCACAGAAGUGCUUGCUCAGAUGAUGGUAUAGUAAUUGUGCAGUUAUAGUAGCGGUACUUGUGCUUGGAAAGUGUCGCUACUAUAACUGUAAAGUUGGAACACGCCUGUGGCCUCAUGCAGCGUUGACACAUUUGCACCCAUAAUUCAAUAUGCACGCAUGCGCAGCCCUCAGAAGCUGCAGACUCUGAAAUGGACUGACAUGCAUACGUUUAUUCCACACUGGGGGCAGUGUCAUAUGCAGUCAUUUCAGUACCCAUAAUUCUCACUUGCACGACAGCUAAACGUGCAGCAGCAUAGUAGUAAAAGCAGGCCAUAACCAGCACUGAAAUAGAUUUUUUCCUACUAUGAACCCAAAUGUUGAUUCAGAUGUUAAUUUUGCCAUUUUACUGGGUCAGUACACCAUUCACAGCUCAUGUUGUAUGAGAAAAAUUAACACCACGAAAAUGACACCAUUGUCAUAUUUGCAUAGCUCGCCAAAAUGUCCAUGGAUUGAACCUCACUCUGUGUGCUUUGUGUUGUUGUUUCAUUAUUUCAGUAUCACUGUUGCAUUUGUUGUUGUUUUUUUAUAUUGUAUAUUUUUGUUUUGUUUUUUUUCCAUUCAAAGCUGAGCUUGAAAUUAUUUUGACUCCCUGUUUGAAAUAAAAAUCUGAAUGUUGUAAUUUAGUAAAAUAAAUUUCAAUAAAGCAGAA